AAACUCCAGUUGCUGGAAGGUGCUCCGCUGGCAACGACAGUUUCCUUCUCGCACACUGCCACAGACACUCACACACUAACCCCCCCACACAUACACACUCACACACACAAUCACACCCACUAACCCCAACACACAGAGAAAAGAAAACGAAAAAACCACAAACACCGAGUUGCCUUAAAAUUUCCGAAUGUUCUCACGGAGAAAAUGAAUUAUUUUUCGCUCAAAAAACAACAACGAUCAUCCCACUCCAAAUCGACAGGGCCGAGCAAUGCGUACCAGAAUCUGGAGAAGACGUCGGUGCUGCAGGAGACGCGGACGUUCAACGAAACACCGGUGAAUGCCCGCAAGUGCAUCCACAUCCUCACCAAGAUCCUUUAUCUAAUCAACCAGGGCGAGCAGCUGGUGGCCCGUGAGGCCACAGAUUGUUUCUUCGCCAUGACUAAGCUGUUCCAGUCCAAGGAUGUGGUGCUGCGUCGCAUGGUCUACCUCGGGAUCAAGGAGCUGAGCUCGAUUGCCGAGGAUGUGAUCAUCGUCACCAGCUCGCUAACAAAAGACAUGACUGGCAAGGAGGAUCUUUACAGGGCGGCGGCCAUUCGUGCCCUCUGCAGCAUUACAGACAACACCAUGCUGCAGGCUGUGGAGCGCUACAUGAAGCAGUGCAUCGUGGACAAGAACGCUGCCGUUUCCUGUGCAGCCCUGGUCAGCUCCUUACGUUUGGCCAGUACCUCCGGCGACGUGGUCAAGCGAUGGGCCAACGAAGCCCAGGAAGCCCUGAACAGUGACAACAUCAUGGUGCAGUACCACGCCCUGGGACUGCUCUACCACAUCCGCAAGUCCGACCGGCUGGCUGUUUCGAAGUUGGUCAACAAGCUAACUCGUGGCUCCCCGAAGAGCCCCUAUGCUGUGUGCAUGCUGAUUCGCAUUGCUUGUAAGCUAAUCGAAGAGGAAGACAUUCCCGCCGAGGAACUGUCCGACUCGCCGCUCUUCACGUUCAUAGAGUCGUGCCUGCGCCACAAGAGCGAGAUGGUGAUCUACGAGGCGGCUCAUGCCAUUGUCAAUUUGAAGAACACAAAUCCGCGGAUGUUGUCGCCGGCAUUUUCGAUUUUGCAGCUUUUCUGCAGCUCACCGAAGGCCACCCUCCGUUUUGCCGCAGUACGAACGCUUAACAAGGUAGCCAUGACGCAUCCGGCCGCGGUGACCACUUGCAAUCUCGAUCUGGAGGGCUUGAUCACAGACUCCAAUCGGUCAGUGGCCACGCUGGCAAUUACAACCUUGCUGAAAACCGGCGCCGAAUCUUCGGUGGAGCGUCUGAUGAAACAAAUAUCCACCUUCGUGGCGGAAAUCUCUGAUGAAUUCAAGGUGGUUGUUGUCCAAGCCAUUUGUGCGCUAUGCACCAAGUAUCCGCGCAAGCACUCCGUGCUCAUGAACUUCCUUAGCGGCAUGCUGCGUGAGGAAGGUGGAUUGGAGUACAAGACAUCCAUUGUGGACACAAUCAUCACUAUUAUCGAGGAGAAUGCGGAUGCCAAGGAGUCCGGCUUGUCGCAUUUGUGCGAGUUCAUUGAGGACUGUGAGCACGUUUCUCUGGCGGUGCGAAUUCUCCAUCUGCUUGGAAAGGAGGGUCCGUUUGCAGCUACGCCUUCGAAGUAUAUUAGGUUUAUAUACAAUCGUGUUAUUCUGGAGAGCCCGAUUGUGCGAGCAGCAGCUGUCACGGCCUUGGCCCAGUUUGGAGCCUCUUGUCCGGCUCUUCUGAGUAAUAUUUUGGUCUUGCUCGGUCGAUGCCAAAUGGAUCCCGACGACGAAGUCAGAGAUCGAGCCACCUAUUACCUGAGCAUCUUGAACUCGGAGAAGCCAGAGCUUUACAAAAACUACAUCAUUGAGAGGGAAAACUGCUCGUUGGCUCUGCUCGAAAAAUCGCUAUCUGAGCAUCUGAAUGGCGAUUUGGAGACACGUUUCGAUAUUUCAAUAGUCCCCAAGGCUGCGAUCGUCAAGGUAGAGGUACCCAGCGAUGUGAUGUUGGUUACGAGCAGUGCUCCACGGCCGCCUAAGAUCACGCGAGAGGAGGAGAGCGCAGCUCGAUUGGCCCAGUUACCGGGUAUCCAGGUUUUGGGACCCAUCCAUCGUAGCACCGCUCCCAUCCAGCUCACUGAAAGUGAAACCGAAUACACUGUGCAGUGCAUCAAGCACAUCUUUGGGCAGCACGUGGUCUUACAGUUUGAUUGUCUCAACACGCUGUCUGACCAGUUCCUGGAGAACGUGCGGGUGGAGCUCACGUUGCCCGAAGGAUUCACAGCCCGGGCGGUCAUUCCGUGUCCCAAACUACCAUAUAAUGAGUUACAGACGACGUUUGUCAUAGUGGAGUUCCCACCCGACCCAGCCAGUUCCAUAGCCACGUUUGGAGCCACUUUGCGGUUUGUGGUCAAAGACUGCGAUCCAAACACUGGCGAACCGGAUUCCGACGAGGGCUAUGACGAUGAGUACAUGCUGGAGGACUUGGAGAUCACAGUUGCCGAUCAGAUACAAAAGACGAAGAAAAAUAACUUCCAGGUGGCCUGGGAUGCGGCUGACAGCGAAGAAUGGCUACAAGCCGAGGACACUUUUGUUCUGUCAGCGGUUACCACAUUACAGGAUGCUGUCAAUACAAUAGUGAAAAUACUGGGAUUAGGCGCAGCAAACCUAUCUGAGAAGGUACCUGAGGGCACGCACCUGCACACGCUGCUUUGUUCGGGUACCUUCAGAGGCGGAGCCGAGGUGCUUGUCCGAGCCAAGUUAGCACUGUCCGAGGGUGUGACGCUGAAUCUAACCGUGCGCAGCACAGAUCAGGAUGUGGCGGAGCUCAUAACGGCGGCCAUUGGAUAAGACAGCGAGCCAUGCAGGAACCUGGUAGGGUUCUUGCGUGCUGCCAACAUAAUCUGAACAUCCACUGAAACGAAACAGAGAAAACUACACUUAAUCAAAAUAUGAUUUUAACCUUAAGUGAUUGUCUCUAUAAUAAUUUUAGCCCUCUGCCCAAGAUCCGGCAUGUGCAACAUUGAUGGUUUGUUACUGCCCAUUUCCAAAAAGUUUUAUGUGGCUCCUGCGAUGCAUCCUUUGAUAUAUACUGUAUAUGUUUGUGCCCCGAUUAGCCUGUGCAUUUAGCCUAAGUAUGAAAACAAAAAAUCUAAAUAAAUAUAUAUGCAAUGCAACCCAAAA